AGUGCUACUGCGCCCGCAUCCCUGCCUGGAAGGAGACAGACCAGAUCAACUGGCAAGGGCUACAAAGGGAUCUGCUGGCGUUACAGAGGAGACACAAAGCAGAUGAAGACACUCACUGCUCCAGCCUAGGAAGGAUUGUCUCUGAGCAGCCAGGGGAGGGAAUUGGAUCAGGGUACUGGGGAGUGAGCCCUUAAUGUUGCUCUGUGAUGGCUCACCUCGGAUUAGCAAUGAUUUCUGAUCUAAGGCUUAAGAAUUGCCCUUGGCCUGGUAUUGAAAAGCUAUGGUGCAGCUGUUUGGCAUUUGACUGUCAGGUGUUUUGUCUUUAUUUAUGGUGCUGAUGGGGCUUGGAAAUCACCCAGAACCCUGCUGGCUAGCUACAAAAACUGUGUUUGAGUGUAGAAUGCAAGCAAGCAAGGACUAUAUUUUGUUACCCCUCUGGCCUGCAAAGGCCCCCUGAAGGAGCCAUCGUGUGACUGGAUUUCUCAGAUUCAGAGUCACUUGUAAAGACUUGUUUGUUUUUUAUGCAGCAUCUUGAAGCAUUCUUGGUAUCUUUUUUCCCCUGCUCCUAAACAGCUUGGGUGUGCAGGGAUUUUUACGUUAACCUGCAGGUAAGAACGGCACCCACUUGCAAGAUUCAAAGAAUCAAGCAGGACUGUGUGGCUGUGCUUUGAGCUAAUUGGAUAUUGAUGUUCGUGGGGAGUGAGCAGAUUAUUUGUUCAGUCUGAAGCACUAGGAACUGAAUGCUGCCCUGGGGACUCCCACCAGUCAGUUUACCGGCAGGGUGUGCAGGGGGAAGGGAUGGAGAGAUUAUUGAAAGUCUUAGGAGGUAAACUGGACCAUGUUCAGCCGGUCAGGAUAUCAAGCUCUUCCACUGGGGGACUAUAACCAUUUCCCACAGUCCAGCAUUGGAGUCUAUGGAUCUCAGAAGAGCUUAUUUUCCUUUGGGCAUGUGCAAGACCCAUGGGACCAGGUCCUGCAAAUGAAAGGUUCCUCCCAGUGCUGUCUGUCAUGGAUUUGCCAUGGGAUUGUCACAUCUUUGGCCUUCCUGCUGAUGGUCAUCACCUUCCCCAUCUCCGGAUGGUUUGUCUUGAAAAAAGUCCCUGCCUAUGAGCGAAUGACUGUAUUCCGCUUGGGCCGGAUCCGAGCCCCCCAGGGGCCAGGCAUGGUCCUGCUGUUGCCAUUCAUAGAUCACUGGCAACUAGUAGACUUGAGGACAAGAGCCUUUAACGUGCCACCACGUAAGCUGACCUCCAAGGAUGGAGCCGUGAUCUCCAUGGGGGCCGAUAUCCAGUUCCGGGUGUGGGAUCUGAACUCAUCUCAACAGGAUCCAGUGCUGUUUGUCAUGAUGGUGAAGGAUCUGAAUGCAGCCAUCCGAAUGACGGCCCAAAACGCCAUGACCAAGACCUUGCUGAAGAAGAACCUGAGGGAGAUACAGACGGAGAAGCUGCGGAUUGGGGACCAGCUCCCGCUUGAAAUCAACGACAUGACCAAGUCUUGGGGCCUGGAAGUGCAUCGGGUUGAGCUGAUUUUGGAGGCAAUGCUGCAACCCUCCCAAGAGAGUCUGUCCGGACCUCUGACCAUGACACCCCCGAUCCCUGGGUUUGAAGGACUAGAUAGCACCAUUCAGCAGCUGGCUGCUCACUUCUUUAGCAACAGCAUGGCGGUGGCAGCAGCAGCUAGUCCUGAGACAGGCAGUGGGCGGAUUGGCCGUGGGGACCCUGAGCGCAACCCUGAUGUGAUUCUGGAGAUGAUGGAAAAUGACCUGCAGGCUUUCUUCUCAGGUGAACUUCAUCCUCUGAGUGCCUACGUGAGCGGGUUGUGUGUCAAGGGCGACCUGAGCAUUGCCCUGAAACUGGAGGAGCUCUUCAAGGCAAUGAAACAACGUAGAUAGAGAAAGAGAAUGUGUGUGAGAGUGUGCAUGCACAUGUGUGCAUGGUGUGAGAAGGCAGGAGUAGCAAAGAGUCUGGCAGGAGAACCAUCUGAUUGUGAAGGGAGUGAGGAUUCAAGCUCUUCUAUUCUCUGUUUCAUGCUCUGGGGAUAUUGAUCAUUGCCCAGGGAAGCAGGAAGACAAAUCCCCUCUUUGAUGGGAUCCCUGGGGUGCAGCCUGGGACCAUGGGACUGCUGUACCCCCUUAACUCUCCAGCCUGGGCUGUCUCUCACAAUGCUUUGCAAAUGAUAAGCAGCAAACCCCUCUAGGUGCUGUGAUCACUCAGCACAACUGCAUGUGGAACCCCACACGCAGAUUGCAUGAAUGCUCCCAGAGCCACUCAUGAAUCACAGAGAAAGGCACCAGCCGAAUCCCCCCAGUUCCCAGCACUGUACUUCAAGAAUAUACCAUCUUGCACUGCUCAAGACAGCAG